GAGCAAUUAACCCCCUUAUUCGACAUCUUGAAAGGUGAUGCCGAUCCAUCUUCACCUCGUGCCUUGACACCUGCAGCCCAACAAGCCUUAGAACUAGUCAAUUCUCAGAUCUCCAAUGCUCAGAUAACUAAAAUAGACCUCAAUUUACCAUUAUACUUGAUACUUUUACUGCCCGGACAAUUGCCAAUGGCCGUUAUCUGGCAACCUCAUGGCCCUUUGGAAUGGCUACAUCUUGCCCUUCAUCAGCUUCAUGUGAUAAAUUUGACAUCCGACUUAAUUGCCAUGUUAGUAUGUAAAGGCAGGACCCGAACAAUCCAACUGUUCGGAAAAGAACCCAAUUAUAUUAUAUUGCCUAUGCUAACCAAAAAUCAAUAUGAACAUCUUUUGCAACAUCAUUUAGCAUGGCAAACUGCCUUUGCAUCCUAUCCAGGCCAAAUAAACUUCCACUUACCCUCAGAUAAACUCCUGCACUUUCUGGCUAAAACUGCCAUUUGUGCUCAAAGAAUCAUUGUCCCCCAGCCACUUCCUUCUGCCCUCACUGUUUUCGUAGAUGCAGACAAAAGAGGAAAUAUUGCCAUACAUGCUGUCUCACCACAACAUAAAAAUACUCAACGCCUGCAUUAUAACACUUCCUCUGUGCAGAGAGCAGAACUCAAAGCAAUUGCACUCGCUCUAGAGCGCUACACUCAACCCCUCAAUUUAUUUACCGAUAGUCAAUACGCCGCCAGAACAGUCCCGCAGCUACCUGAGGCCUACAUACUGUCCAAUGAUGAGGAAUUAUUCCACCUGUUCAAGUCAAUUCAGCUCCUCCUACUACAAAGGCAGCACCCUCUGUUUAUAACACACAUCAGAGCUCACUCUAACCUUCCUGGCCCCCUAGCGGAGGGCAAUCACAUAGCUGAUGAAAAUACACAUAUAUUUUUUACAAACACCAUUCAGGCAGCAAAAAGCAGCCAUGCAAAAUUCCAUCAGAAUGCACAGGCCUUACGGCGUCAAUACGGCAUCUCCCGGGAGGAAUCCCGACAAAUUGUACGAGAAUGCCAGUCCUGUCCCCAAUUUUUUAACCCCCCCUCAUAUGCCAUUAACCCCAGAGGGCUCCUUCCUAACCACCUUUGGCAAAUGGAUGUAACCACUUACUUACCGUUUGGCCGCCUUAAAUACAUCCAUGUCUCCAUCGACACCUUCUCUAACUAUAUUUUUGCUACUGCACACUCCGGUGAAGCUUUUGUAGAUGUCCAAAAUCAUCUCUUCGCAGCAUUCGCAGUUCUGGGCAUGCCGAAGGCUCUUAAGACCGACAAUGGUUCAGCCUAUACCUCUUCAGCAUUCCAGACCUUUUGUGCAAAUUUUCACAUCACUCAUACAACAGGAUGAGGAGACGCCACGCUGGCUCCCGCU